GCGGUUGGCCUCCCCGGAUGUGUGGACGCUGGUCCGUGAGUCCGGUCCAGCUCGCCUGCAUUCCUCCUCUCUCUCUAAUGCCUGACCGAUAGCGAUAGCGACAGAGACAAGAAGGGGGGGCACCGAUUAUUACUCUCCACCGUGUUGGGCUGUAAAGAAGCAGCCGACUCCCCGGACUCACCGAGCGGGGGAGGCCACGAACGAACCGCCUCGUCGACGCCGCUACGGUUCGGACCUACAAAAACUACCGCAAAAAGCCUUUUUUCCCUCCCUCAAAUAGUGACGGGACUUUGCCGUUAACGCGCCCGUGAAGCUCGGCCACCGAGAAGCGGCUCCGGUGAAACGGCCUCUUUACGGCGGAAGCCUCCCGGUUUCUCUCCUUUUUGUCCUUUUUUUAAACGAGGAUUCGCAAGAUGGCUGAUGACAGCUCGCCGUAACGAGGACAGACGCGACGUCCCCUUUAAGACCAGGAGGGACUCGAUUUUAGUAUUUUACUUAAAACAUAAAAAACAUGGCGGCUGUUUGGAAUAAACGGAGCGCGUAGCGGAGCCUCGGCCUCCUUCCCGGCUCCCCCUCUGCCUCCUUCCCGGCUCCCCCUCGGCCUCCUUCCCGGCUCCCCCUCGGCCUCCUUCCCGGCUCCUCUGCUGUGGUUCAGGUCUCCGCGAUAUGUGACGUCUGACGUCAUUUAACCCACAGAAGGAAGUAGAAAAUAAUGUUGUCGGCUAAAUGCUGAGUGGAGCGAGGUGGAGGCCGAAGUGGACCCCAGCUGGACGGAGUCCUUCUAAUCGUUGUCUGAGGAGACGUUUGAUCGAUGUGGGGGGGGGGGCAGAGACCCAAACAUUCCUGCGGAUCCUUAAAAGCCUUUGUGCUGUGCGCAGGAUCGCGACCCGACCAUUACACCGAUUAGCUAUGCAGCAAACGGGCUCCGACGCGACGGUGCUUCUCUAUGUUUUAAUGAGAUUAUAAAGCCUUUGUUGUGUCGACACAAACCCCGGUAAAGGGGGGGGGAGGAAAAGCCCCCGCCGAGGCCUUGUGUUCAGAUAUGCACGGAUCCUCCGCCACUGGAGCCGCUUUCACGGUAAAUAACGCGCUUCUAAACAGGCGGUAGUGGAGCGGACGGGUUCGGCCCCGGUCCGGACGUGCAGUGGGAUCCAAGCUGGAGGCUCCUCGGAUUCUUUAUUCGUGAUUCCAGCGGACAAAAGCGUCGGGAUUAGUGACGGAAUCAGGCUCCUGGAGCUCAGGUACCAACCGGCUCCGGUUGUUGUUGUUGUUUGAGGCUCUUUGUGAAUAGUAAUCAGGGGUGUGGACCGGGCUGGAUCAGCCCCGGUGGUCAUAAUCCUCUGAGUGAAGGAAGCUCUGGAGGUAAAGCAGAGAAAAGGAUCAGGUGUCUUUCUCCUCCGAGAUGGAUUCACCUCGUGAUCAUAAAGGUCAUCGUGUAGAUGCUUAACUUCUCUGUGCCUUGCCUGCAUCUCAUUGUUUACUGCAGGCUUUUAGCUUCCUGUAGGCCUGUGGACAUCCAGGAGGCCCUGUGUGUGUCUGUGUGUGUGUGAGAUUCAGAGCUCGGUUUACUGUAAUCUGUCGUCAGCUGUGUGUGUGUUGAAAUCACCACUGUGUUGUCAUCUUUGCCGACGCCUUCUCUGCUCAAAUAUUCUGGAAUUUGCCUUCAUGCUGCAGCAAUAAGCAAUAUUGUGUUCCCUGUCAGGUGGUCUCGUCUUAGUCUGGUCACAAAGGUUAAAAUAUCCAAACCGAUCUUUCAGAGGACGUCAUUUGGGUUUAAAAAACAAAACAAUUGUUGCCAUCAAAACCCGCUUUUUGGGAGCCGGGCGUCCUGCGAGCUGCGAGGGGCCUGAAGGUCCGGUCGACGUGGGGAACCCGACGGUGUAUGCCUGCUCGCACCAUGAUGACCUCUGACAUGGCGGAGACGUGGAGGAACUGUUUCGAGGAGGAGCUCAUCUGCCCCAUCUGCCUGCACGUCUUCUCCGAUCCCAUCCAGCUGCCCUGCAAGCACAACUUCUGCCGGGGCUGCAUCAGCGAGGCCUGGGCCAAGGAGUCCUCGCUGGCCCGCUGCCCCGAGUGCAACCACGCGUACGCCCAGAAGCCCAGCCUGGAGAAGAACCACAAGCUGUCCAACAUCGUGGAGAAGUACAACGCCCUGAGCGUGGAGAAGCCCGCCGCGCCGGCGCUGCAGUGCAUCCUGUGCCGCCGAGGCCCCCCGCUCCCCGCCGUGAAGGUGUGCCUGCGCUGCAACGCCCCGUGCUGCCAGUCCCACGUCCAGACCCACCUGCAGCAGCCCUGCUCGGCCCUCGGCCACCUGCUGGUGGAGGCGGAGGCGGUGAAGGCCUGGACCUGCCUGCAGCACGACGAGUACCGGCUGUACCACUGCGAGGCCGAGCAGACGGCCGUGUGCCAGUACUGCUGCUUCGCCCGCUGCCACCCGAGCCACGGCCACGCCGUCACCGACGUGGAGCUGAGGCGCAACGACAUCAGGCAAAGCCUGUUGAGGCAGCAGGAGCGCGUGGAGGAACGAGUGCAGGAGAUCGAGGAGCAGCUGUGCAAACUCGACUCUGACAAGUGUGUGGUGGAGGACCGGGUGUGUGAGCUCAAGGAGGAGGUGCGUCUGCAGUACCAGCGGAUGCACCAGCUCCUGGAGGAGGAUCUCGGCAGGACACUGGAGGCUCUGGACCGGGCUCAGGCUCGGUUCUGCCAGGAGAACGCGGCCCAGGUUUUAGCGCUGGGCGAGCAGCGCCACGAGGCCCAGAAGCUGCUGAGCUCCAUCCACACGGCCUUCAGCAAGGCGGAGGAACUGAGCUUCAUGAAGAACACCAAGCCUGUUAAGAUCCUCACUGACAGGUCUCAGACCUGUGUGGGCAGCAGCCUCCCGCCGUACAAAGUGGGGAAUCUCAACUCCAAACUAUUCCUCUCUGAAAUCUCAAAGAGAGAGAAGAGCUUGAAGAGAAUGCUAGAAGCCCCCCUCACCCCUCCCUCCACCUUCCUGCAGUCUGUUCCUGCGCAUCCCAGCGGUCAGAGCGCUGCUUCUGGAGCAGAGAAACGGAAACAUUCCACGGCCUUCCCAGAGGGAAAUGGGAGCGUCGGAAAGAUGGCCACAUCGGGCUUCAAGGACUCCUCUUCCUCCUCCUCCUCCUCCUCGUCAGCCAAACAGCCCUACCUGGGCUCCGGCCCGGCCUCCGGAGAAGGUCAGUCCACCAAUCAGCAGCCUCUCGGCCCCUGCGGCCCGCCGCACAUGAGCGAGAGCGGCGGGACAGGAAGCGCCGGCGGCUCCCUGACCAGCCACCAUUCGGCCUCCGUGUUCGGCUCCUCCCACUUCCCCCCCGGGGGCAGCAGCUCCUCCCACUCCUCCCAGCAGGCCGUGCUGCCUCAGUACGGCGGGCGUAAGAUCCUGGUGUGCACCAUGGAUAACUGCUACUGCUCCGGGGUGCCCUCGGUGUCGGGGCACCGCGGGCACCCCCCCUACCCGCGCUCGGGCUCCUUCCCCUGGGUCAGCACCCAGGACUACCCCCCUCCCCCCGGCCUGGCCUCCGGGGGGCCGUCCAUGCAGGGCUUGGCAGUGAGGGACUGGAUCGACGCCUCGCAGACGCACAGACAUGCUGAUUUCUACGGGCUGUAUGGGCAGCCCUCCACAAAGCACUAUGUCACCAGUUAACCCAGUGGAGCCUCACUGGGACAGAGACAAAUAGCACACCGUUACUGCUAAAGGGUUCUAGGAUACACACCAUAAGAUAUUGAGACGUAAACACACACACACACACACACACUGAUCUAGAACAUGUACACACACUUUCGGAGGCAGGGUUGAUCUCGUUUUUCUUCUUUGUUUCUUCAUUUUGUUCCAUGUGGUGUAUUAACGGUAAAGAGCAACACGCUCACUCUGGCACAUCCCAGCUCAGUGUUUCACUCCCACACAACAUGCAGCAUUUUUUAUUUAUAGAGCAGAAGAUGAACUUUUAUUGGAGGCUGCUCACUGACGCUAAAGGAAACCCAGAUGAAAGCGUGCAGUGUUUAGCGCCUCCAUGUUUCCCUCAUAACCCCCCCUCUAGUUGUACUGAGAUCAAUUGCCUUAUGUUAUUAUUAUUAGCAUCAUUAUUUCUGCCCAGCUCACUUUGAUAGAUCCUUUUUAAAGAGGGACAUUUGUCUCUGGUUUCCAUCGUCAUGGCACCGCUUCCCUUCUUUGCUGAGUUCAGGGACGGAUCGCACGGCUUGAACACAAAAUGCUCUUCCACGGAACUCCCACAAUGCACUUGUGGGCGCCUUGUUAUGCCUGGACUGCAGAUGCUGUCCCACUAAGGAACACUGGAGCUGCAUCUGAAGGUGCCGGUUCGCCCUGGCCCACAGAGUUCAGAGGAUUGGGCCCUUGUUCCUAGUAGGCUCCUCCUGCUAUCAGGCUUCCCACAGGACAUCCGAUCUUCUGACAAAGACUGUUUGCAUUUAGUACUUUGGGACACCUGUAGGUCUCCUGCUUGUCUAGAGAGAGACUUUAAUCCUAGAGGACAAACCAAACCAAUCAAGCAUCUGGAGGAUCUGAUGAUGCUGUAAUUGUACUUCCUGCAGGGCAAAGAUGUCACUUCCUCUCAAUAAGCACACAAGCUCUUAGCUUCCUGUUUGCAGCUGAAAUCAUGCAAGGAAGAGUUUUUUUAUAGCACUCAAGAGAAGAACAAUGGGUGUAAAAAUGUAUGCCGUUUUAAAAAUGAGUGUAUGGAAGAAAAGAAGGUCGGGAGGAUUUUUUUCAUCUACUUUUUCUAAAAGAACAAGACUUUGUCAUCGUCCUAAAAAGGAUCCGUUCCAACAGUCGACAUGAAGAGAAACAACAUCAACAUAAAAAAAAUUAUCUUUUUUUGUAAAUAUUUUGUGAAAUGGAAAAAUGACCGACGUGAUUUAGAGAAAGGUUCCAAAUAAACAAACAAAUUUAAA